GGUCACUCCUUUUACUGUCUCCCUCCAUCCCUCUCUCUCUCUCUCUCUCUCUCUCUCUCUCUCGGCUUACCUCGGGCUGCUGUUACAUAUCUAUGUAUGGCUCGCUUGCGCGCCUAUCUCAUCUUGUCUUUCCUUGCUCUGUGAAACAGCCUUCCAUCCCAGUAUGCAGUCUUUACAGAAGUCCCCUCUCUAUACUCGUCUAAGGGAUACCUUGUGGAAUCCUAAUGCUCCCCCCGGAGAUCCUCGCAAAAGCGUCAAGUGGAUCGAUGGUCUGCGUGGGAUUGCCUCUUUCCUCGUCGUCCUCACCCAUCUGGCCCGCGCCUGGGAUUAUGAUCUCUUCGCGCCAAGAGACAAGGAGGGCGUGCCGCCCCGGGUCCUUCAGUGGCCCAUCCUCCGCAUUCCCUGGCAGGGACGACUUGGAGUCACCAUCUUCGCUUUCCUCACCGGCUAUGUCUGUGCCCUCAAGCCCCUCAAGUUGUCGCGUGCAGGGAAUCACCUCAGUGCUUUUUCGACGGUUGCCAAGAGCGCCUUCCGCCGCCCUCCGCGCUUAAUCCUCCCAGCCACCAUCGCCCUGUUCAUCUCGUGGGUGAUGGCCCAGUUUGGUGCCUUCGUCGUGGCCAACCGCUCCGACUGCUGGUGGUGUCGCUACGCUGCUCCCGAUCUCGAAGACUCGUUUUUCAAGGAGGUGAUCCGGCUGGGGGCAAACUUCCUCAGCACCUGGACGACCGGAUACAUGGCCUAUGAUGAUCAUCAGUGGGCGUUGCUGCCCUUGCUGAAGGCGUCGAUGCUCGUCUAUAUUCUGCUCUGCGCCACCAUGUACGUCCAGUUCCGCUAUCGGCUUGUCAUCUACCUCGGCAUGAUGCUGUACUUCCAUCAGGACGCCGCCAAGGAUACGGAAACCUUCCAACUCCAGGCCGUCUACGGGAUGAUGCUCAGCGAUAUCUCCUACGAUACCACUUUUCGCUCUCUCAUCGAAGCCCACCGCUGGCCGCGCCGUAUCAUCGCCAUCGUGGUCACCAUCGCCGGCCUCCUCAUUUGCUCCUAUCCCGGUGAACACCCCGAAUGGGCCCCCUGGUCGAACUACAUGUUCAAGGCGGCCACCUACGUCUUCCCUCCCGAGGUCAACAUUGGCAAACGGUACAGUGCCAUCGGUGUUGACAUGAUUAUCUUCGCCAUCUUUAUCUCCCCCGGCACGCAAUCCUUCCUGGCGAACCGUCUCCUUCUCUGGUUUGGCAAGCAGAGUUUCGCCGUCUACCUCGUGCACGGUACACUCCUCCGCACCGUGCUCUGCUGGAUGCUGUACGGCAUCACCGGCCAACCAUGGGAGGAGACUGUCGACGAGAACGGUCAGACCGUUCUUCCGCCAUGGUUGCCCCUUCGUCCGCCGUGGGUUGUCGCCCUCUGCAUUCCACUCUGGAUUGGACUGGUGUAUAUCGUCGCCUCCCUGUGGACCGCAUACGUUGACCCUCUCUGUGCCCGGUUGACGGCGUGGUUGGAGAAGAAAGUUUUCGAUGAACAAGAAGAGAAGGCUUCCGAGUUGCCCAUGCAACUCCGACCGAUGCCUACGACCUAAAAUUUAGAGACCGGUAAGGUCAUGCGUGGUUUUCGGGAUUUUCCUUGAGUCGUGGGGAGAGUAGACAGUCAAGGCAGGACUUUAUUUCUGGCUGGUCCAGGUCCUGAGGGUGUUUUGUCCAUAGCCAUCUUUUUCAUAUACAUACAUAUAUAUUUCUUUUAUUUCUGUCUCUUUCUUUUGGGUAUAGUUGGUCAAAGUGGGAUGGGAUGGAUGGAUAGGACAUUGGGCAUGAGCGGAGUACUCGACAUAUAUUUCGCAUCCUCAGACUCACAUGUACUCAUACCGUUGUGUAGUCACAUAUAC